AUGGAGGGAGCCCCAGUCACUGUCUUUGUCACUGUCCAGAAGAUUUACUACCCUUUACUGUGCAUCAUGGGUAUUCCAGCAAACCUCUUCACAUUUUACAUGAUCUGUUUCCGUAAAAGCGGAAUGUCCACCACAGCCACCAUUUACCUGAGCUCUCUAGCCAUCGUGGACACUUUCUACAUCGUGUGGGUUAUCCUCAUCGACCUAACACUCACCUUCUGGAUGCAACAGCCCUUCUGGCACUCUCACCCCUGGUGUGCUAUCCUCGGUUUCCUGCAGUACGGAUCUCUCUAUAGCUCCUCCUGGAUUGUUGUGGUCUUCACCAUUGAGCGCUACCUGGUCCUCCGCAGCACUGCGGCCAAACAGCAUUUCUCCCAGGUCGGGGUCACCAAGCUGACAUGCAUGGCUAUAGUGCUGGUGUCCCACCUGGUGUCUGUGCCCCUGGGGUGGAUCAACGUGGUCAUACCAGUGAACUUCACAGUACAAGGAGAGAAUGUGACACUGCCCCGAUGUCGAUACCGUGAGCAGUACUAUGCCACUGCUAUUGUGUGGAUAACUACCUUCCUGUCAGGGGGAAUCCCCAUUUUAUUGGUCAUCAUCUUUAACUUCAUGAUCGGUUGCCAUCUCUGCCAUGUAAGCAACCUCUUUACGAAGGAGGAGCGGCACUUCAUUCAAGGCAGGAGCACCAGGUCCUUACUGAGGAGGACCAUCCUGCUGCUCGGGACUGUCUCCGUGGCUUUUGUUGUCCUCAGUCUCCCACGCUUUGUUACUUACUGCAUCCUGAGGACUGUGCACAACAACAACAGCUUCAAUAGGAAUGACUACAGCAUUCUCAUCAAUGUGGCUGGAGAUGUGGCAAACAUGCUGCAAAAUCUGAACUCCACCACCAACUUCCUGCUGUACUGUAUGGUCAGCCGCUGCUUCAGAAGGGAGCUGGUUCACCUGCUGACCUGUGGAGCCAAAGCACUGGACCUGGGCUCUGCUUUCACCCACACCACCAUUAAAGUCUUCUCUGUUAUAACUCAUAAAGAUUCCCCACCUGUAACUGUGAUGCUAACCAAUCUCAAACAGAUCCAAGAGCCAAGAGUUUCUGAAUACAGGCACAGAACAGACUUCCAACAGAUAUAG